CCCGCGCACAGUUGGCCGUGUAAAACAGCUAUAACAAAGGCAAUGGCGUAAAAUGUGCAACGCCUUUGAAUUGUUCCCCUCUCCCCCCCAAAUAAAUAAAUAAAUGUAUAAAUAAAUUUUUCAUUUAUAUGGAAAAGCAAAAUGCAGUGCGUAUGUAACAUGUGAACGCCGCUGCAAAUGUAAUUUCUGCGCUUCUUUCGGAGGCAGAUCUUCGAAGGGAGGGCUCAACCGCACAUACGCAUGAGAACAUACCUACAUCCAUAAGAAUAUACACAUAGGGGUAUACACGGUAAGCAUAUACCUGCAGUAUAAACCCAUCUGUAAGCAGAUGCGUAACCCCCAUUCGCACUGCGAAAGAAGGCAGUAAAAAUAUUCAAAAAAAACAUGUAUUCGAGCGUAAGACCGUACAAAAUAUUACAAAAGGUGAAAAGGAACGACAAUAAUAGUAAUAGCAAUAGUAAUAAUAAUAGCAAUAGUAACAGUAACAGUAGCAGCAUCAGAAACCCCCCCAAUGAGGCAAAGAAAGAACCGACAGAACGGGAAGAUAGUGGCAAAAAAAAACCCGUCGAGAAGAAAAAAAAAUACGAAGACCUAAAAUACUACGAAUGUAAUAGAAAAUCGCUCAGCACGAAGAGUCAAGAAGCAGAAGGCCGUGAUAAAAUAACAAAGUAUAAUAAUAAAACGAACCAACAUGCAGACAAUAACCAUGUUAAAAAAUUGCAAAGCGAAAAGGUAUUAAAAAAAAAAGAAGAUAUGCUGGUAACUUUACUGAAGAAGGAACAAUCCUCUGUACAUAAUAAAAAAAUCAUCAUUCGACAUUUACCACCAACUUUAAGUGAAGAUAAUUUUUUUGAAUCCUUCCCAAGUAACCUCAAAGAUGAAUUAGAUUAUUACUACUAUGUUAACGGAUGUGUACCAAAAAAUCAGGGGGGUGAUAUAACACAUUCUCGAAUGUACUUAUCCUUUAAGGAUGAUUUGAAGACAAAGGAAUUUAUAAAAACACAACAUGGGAAAUUCUUUUACGAUUCCAAUGGUGGUAAGUUCAAAGCCAUGGUGUCCUUCGCGCCGUACCAGACCAUAAUACACAAAAAUAAGUUGGAUGAAAUGAACAACACCUUAGAAUCAGAUGCCUAUUUUUUAAAAUGCUGCGAAGAAAUGAACAACCCGCAGGAGCCUGUUAAGAAGGAUGACGAUAACGCUGACCUAAGCAAUGUGAUUAAAGAAGACGGGGUAAUUUUACCCCCCCUAGUUGUGGCAUUGAGAAAAAAACUGAAGAAUAAAAAAUUGAAAUAG